AUGAAGCAAUAUUGGAGUCCAAGCAGUAUCAACAAGAACAAAGCUAUGGUGGAGAACUUGCAAAGUUAUGGUAUAAUCACUUCGGAUGAAGUUGCUAAAGCUAUGGAGGCUGUGGACAGAGGCAUCUUUGUACCUCAUCCUUCCRRGYCUUACGUCGAUAGUCCCAUGUCUAUUGGCUAUAARGCAACCAUAUCAGCACCUCAUAUGCACGCAUCGUGCCUUCAGCUCCUCGAGAAGAAUUUGAAACCAGGAAUGCGUGUUCUUGAUGUCGGCUCGGGGACCGGGUACUUAACAGCUUGCUUUGCGGUUAUGGUUGGAUCUGGAGGACGUGCUAUUGGUGUGGAACAUAUCCCUGAACUGGUUGCUUCUUCCGUCAAGAAUAUUGAAGCGAGUGCUGCUUCGCCAUUGCUGAAAGAAGGAUCUCUCGCUGUUUACGUUGGUGAUGGAAGGCAAGGAUGGGCUGAGUUUGCACCUUAUGAUGCUAUUCAUGUCGGAGCAGCAGCACRGGAGAUCCCAGAAGCAUUGAUUGAUCAAUUGAAACCUGGUGGGAGACUGGUGAUCCCCGUUGGGAACUUAUUCCAAGAUCUGAAAGUGGUGGAUAAGAACUCAGAUGGUUCYGUUAGCAUCAAGAGCGAAACUUCAGUCCGAUAUGUUCCUUUGACUAGCCGUGAAGCCCAAUUAAAAGGGAACUGA